CCCGACAAGAUUUUAUUACCCUUUUGCCCCCUUGAAUUUUAUUUAAAACAGAGUCCUCCAUGGAAGAAGACGCUGUGUUUUGUUGCAGGCUGUUGGAAGAUGAUGAUGUUCAAGAACCAGAGAUACGUGUUCUCCCUCUCUUUCGUCAUUUUUAUCAUAACCGUUCCUACCUCUCUCACACCACCAAACAUCUCCUUCUAUUCUCUUCCACCUUCUCCCAUCAACCUUUCUUCUUUCUCCAAACUCAAACAUUCAAAUCAAGAAGAAAAUGAUCACGUAAGCCGACUUUUAGCACGAAAUCACCGGAGAGCCAGGGAUUGCUCCUCAAAUCGUGGUGGCUUUCGCUGCCGGCGCGCCUUACGAAUUCUUGAGCGGUUGCUCAUGACGGCUUGAACGGCGCCGGCGGGGAAGGAGAAAGGAGAAAGAGGUAGGGUUAGAUUAAAAAUUUAUAAGGGUGAUUCUGACAUUUCACACACUCGAUGGGGGUUGCAGGCAGAAAGUAGCGGGUGCAGGAAGCAAUAGCCUCGGGUUUAUCUUUGAUCACCAGGACCACCGAGCCAACCCAUAUGAGCAAACAUCACCUAACUAGUUUUCUCUCACUGUCUAACAAUUAUAGCUGAAAUGGAAACUAUAUUUGUACCUUCUCUCUCCCUUUCAAAAUUUCCAAAGUCUCAAACUUGGUGGAAUUCACCACUUUUGCUUCACUCCAAACCUACCUCAGUUGCUUUCAGUUCAGUAACCCACCAUCAUUCGCCCAAGUGCUUUCUGUUGCACCCACAAGCUGGUGCUGGAUUCAAAGCAAAAGAAAAGCAGAACCUUAGAGUUGUACAUGCCUCAGAGGCUGCACCCCCAACAACAACGACAACAAAUGCCAAUAUUGCAGAAAGAUGGCUUCUUGAACCAGUUGGUAGCUUAAGUCUUCCUCAGAUCCAGAACUGCAGCAAACGGCAAGAAAGUAAUAACCGUUCGAGACACAAUUCUAAUUUAAAUCAAAACUGCAAGCACAUACUAUUUCUGCAGUUCUUCCCUGACAGUGACACAGAAGACACCAAUAAUCAAAAUCCAAGAACAAGAAGCUACUAUCAACACCAAGUAGAGAAACAAGGAGAACUCAAGGAAAAUAACAAGGCCAGACUUUUCACAAACAUGUGGUGGAUAGAUGUGAAAGCAGCACUUAGCCAAAGAAUCAACUGGGAGGGCAUUCUAUGUUCAACUAUGGUGAUCUUAAAAGACCCAAAAUUGGCGAUGCCCCAUAUUUCUGUUCCUGAUAUAAGGUAUGUUGAUUGGGCUGAGCUGCGCAGAAAGGGAUUUAAGGGGGUUGUCUUUGACAAAGAUAAUACUAUUACAGUGCCUUACUCUUUGAAGCCCUGGCCUCCACUUGAGUGUUCUUUGGAGUGUUGUAAAUUGGAGUUUGGUGAUGCUAUUGCUGUGUUUAGUAAUUCUGCCGGACUGCAUCAAUAUGACCAUGAUGGUUCAAAAGCUAGGAUACUUGAAAGUGCAAUUGGAAUUAAAGUCAUCACACAUAGGGUGAAGAAGCCAGCAGGUACAGCUGAAGAAAUUGAAAAGCAUUUUGGUUGUGAUGCUUCGCGAUUAAUUAUGGUGGGUGAUCGGCCACUCACUGACAUUGUUUAUGGCAAUCGGAACGGGUUUCUGACUAUUUUGACAGAGCCAUUGAGUCUUGCUGAGGAGCCAUUCAUUGUUAAGCAGGUGAGGAAGCUAGAAAGUUCAUUUGUAAGGUACUGGUCCGGAAGAGGGUUGAAGCCACUUGACCAGAGGUUAUUGCCAGAUUCAAAGCAAUGUGUCAGAGAGCCAUAUCCUUCACAAGACUAAUCCCUAAACACUGCCCUAAUUUUUUUUACCAUCUUAGUACCUUGAGUAAUCGUACAUGUCAAUAUUUUUUAAACAAUAAUUUUUCUUUAUUUUACCAAAUGGUAAACAUAUUCCCCACCUGUCUUA